AUGGAGGCUCGGAGGACGCGGUUCAACGCGCUCGUGCUCGACUGCUGCCGUAACGACAGGCUCCCCACGGGAGAUCGCUCGCUGGGCCGCGGCCUCACCUCGAUGGACCCAAAGGGCUCGCUCGUAGCAUUUGGCUGUGCGCAGGGGCAAACUACAGCCGAGCGGCGAACUGGGCGGAACGGCAUCUUUACUGAGCACCUGCUGAAGCAUAUCGAGACGCCCGGGCUGGAAAUCAACGCCCUGUUCAUUCGCGUCGGCAAUGCGGUCGAGAGGGCGACACGGGGCUUGCCGCAACCGAUGGUGCCUUAUGUCCACCACAGCCUCCGUUGCGAGGGUGCCACGCUAUUCCCGGCACUCCCAACUGGAGUGGCGUCGCUCAGCGCGGCGGCGACAGUAGAGCAGCAAAUGGCGCAGGCGCAGGCGCAGGCGCAGCUAGCUCUCGAGAGCAGGCUCCAUGAGCUGGAGGCCUCACGGUUAAUGGUCAAAGCAAAGGAGUCGGAGGCUCUGGCCGCUGCUGUCAAGGCCGGCCACGUGCGGCUCGAGGAUCUCUGCACCGCCAGCCCUACAGCACGGCGAGUGAGCAUGCAGCCGAUCCUUGCGACUUUGCUCAGCAUCUCAGCGCGGCGGCAGUGCGGCGGCAUGCCUCAUGACCAAAUUACUAUGGAGACGAUAACUGCGUCGUGCGUGAUUGGUAAACUCUGUAACUCUAACUGA